AUGACUGAGGCGAAUUUACAGACAUGGGUAAAGGGAUACCCGAAAUGGAAGUCCUUUGGCCGGUUUCAAAUUCUGCAUCUCCCCAUCCGAAAUCAGAAGCCCCAAAUAAAUUCACCGCUUAAACCCCCCACGCUUUUGGCCGUGCGAACUUUAUCAUCCACGGUGCCACUAUACCAGGACUCCACUAUCAGAUCAGACUUCUUCAUUUCCGAUAUCCUGUUGGGUCCACCACUGCCCAAUCAUAACUACAUGGCUGACCAUGAUCCCGGAUUUCCAAUCAGAGACGUGAAGACCGAAGCAAACCAUCGUCCAACAAAAAAACGUGGUGAGAUCUUGGUAUUCAAAGAGCCCUUGGAUCUCUUCGCGUGGCAACCCCCCUUCAGCAAGGGGGCAGACAUUUGA